CAACAACUGCCACGAUCUCUGCCCAAACGCCGACACGAUACUCUUCCAAGCGAUAACGAGCCUCAGCUGAAGCGAGCACGACUAACGCGGACAAAUUUGGCAUUAUUCGACAAGAUGGUGAAGGACUUCAACCCCUCGGCCCGGCACUCGGCCGGGUCUGCCCUUGGUAAAUCCACAGUUGUGUCAUCAUCGAGAACUAUGUCAACGACAAUGUCUGGGUUCGCCCUACAAGCCGAGAAGAACGGCAUACUUGACCCCUCGAGCUCCAAGCCGCCCGCGAACCUCCAUAACAUCCACGAACGCUACGACCGAUCUCGCAGAACAGCUUCGCCAACCGAGUCAGCGUACGAGGACUAUAUAAAUAGGGUUGAAAGAGCUGUUAACGAGACUACGAUGAUAUAUGAAGUUGGCGGAAAACUCUUGAAGGAGUAUCCGGACAAACGCUACACAAGAGCUUUUAACCAGGCAUUUACAGACUUCCCAAAAGACGUUGGCUUCAAUAAUUGUCUUUCCGCUCCGCAGCCUGAUUUUAUCGAGGGGCUUGAAGCUCGAGAGUAUCGCCCGAUGCCAGUUGAUGAGCAUAUCAGUGGCGCUGUUCUCUAUAAAGAUAACCCUCGUUCCAUAACACUGCCGCAUUUAGCUGGAGAGUGGAAAGGACGAGGUAAGGAUAUGGAUGAAGCAAGGCUUCAGAGCGCUUUCGACGGAGCAGCUCUGGUCUACUCUAGGAACCAGGCGCUUUCCUAUAUUGGGAAAUCAGACCCUCCUGGUCAUGCAGAGAUCACGACAUUCACCACAGAUGGCACCACUCUCAACCUUUUUGCACACUUCGCUGCUCCCUCGAAGGAUGGCAUACUCGAAUACCAUCAGUUUCGUAUCAAGUCAACAAAUCUUAUAGACACGCACCAGGGGCACAAGAACGGCAGAAGA